GUUAUGACUAUUUAACUUACCUUAAAUCAGGAGUUUUGAAAACUUAUGAUAAAGAUGAUCCCGGGCAAAAUGGUAACGUUUGCUGUUCUGUUUUUACUUGUUCGAGUUGUCUGUACACAGGAGUGUUCAACAUGUCAGUGUUGUGCAGACGGCUAUCACCCAAAAUGUUCUAGUAGAGGCUACUGUAAUAACGGAUGCAUAGACGGGUAUUAUGGAGAAAUUUGUAACUACAAAUGUACUUCUCAGAAUUGCCUUAGUUGUGAUCAACAUUAUGGUAAUAACUGUUUAAAAUGUAUACCCGGAUACUAUUUGGAAAACCAUAACUGUUAUGACUGUGGACCACAAUGCCAAUCAUGCUCUUCAUACGGUUGCAACUCGUGUUAUGACGGCUACUGGGGAAACACUUGUGGUGCAAAAUGUACGCACAACUGUGUUUCGUGUAAUAAAUACUAUGGUAAUUGUCUGUCCUGUGCUUUUGGAUACUACGUUUAUAAUCGCAAAUGUGCCGCUUGUGGUGCACACUGUGCAGUAUGUGGCUCAGGAGGUUGUAUAUCGUGUCAUGGCGGAUACUGGGGAAGAACAUGUGAUAAAAACUGUGCCCAAAACUGUGCAUCUUGUAAAAAAUCGGGUCGUUGUCUGUCCUGUGUUUCUGGAUACUACCUUUAUUAUCGCAAAUGCACCACUUGUGGUUAUCAUUGUGCAGAGUGUGGCUCAAGUGGGUGUACAUCGUGUCAUGACGGAUACUGGGGAAGUACAUGUAAUGAAAACUGUGCGCAAAACUGUGCAUCGUGUAGUAAAUCGGAUGGUAAUUGUUUGUCCUGUUCUUCAGGAUAUUGGGGAAACACAUGUGAAAAACCCUGUGGUCAUCACUGUUUAGCAUGCGAUAAAUGGAACGGCAGAUGUUUAUCUUGUGAAUAUGGAUAUUGGGGUCAUCCGUGCACUGAAUGUAAGAGGAACAUGUGCGUCAAUCAGUUUGAUUGCGACUUAUGCUCAAAUAUUUCUUUUUAUGCAAAUAGUGGUGUCUGCUGCUUAUGUAGGGUAGAUAAUUGUGUUUCCUGCUCUAAGGCUUUGGAUACUGUUAAUUGCAAAGUUUGCAAACAAGGAUACUAUCCUCAAAUUAAUGGAAAGUGUGAACUUUGCAAUGCAUAUUGUUUCAAUAAAGAGUGCGAUUCAUCUUCUGGAGUAUGUCUUCAAGGAUGCAUUAAAGGAUACUGGAACCCAACGUGUGACAGAAAGUGUGAUUCAGAAUGCUUAUCUUGCAGUCAAGCAGAUGGAUUGUGUACACGGUGCAAGAACACUUUAAAAUUUGGACCUAACUGUAGAAGCGAAUGCAGCAGCACCUGUAAGAACUCCAAGUGUGACAAUAAUGGGAAUUGUAUGAAUGGAUGCAUUCAAAAUGCGUUUGGAAAGCAAUGUGAAAACAAGUGUGAUGGCUCCUGUUCACCGAAGGACAACGGAACCAUUUGUUCUGAAAAAACUGGAAUGUGUUUAUACGGCUGCCAAACUGGAUACAAGGGAAGAGUUUGUCCACAAGUUAUUAAAACAGAGGCAGAAACACAAACAUCUUCAAUAGCAGUCUUUGUUGGGGGAGUUGGCGGAGGAGCUGCAGCUCUUGCUGCCAUUCUGGUGGUUGGACUGAUUUUGCUUCGAAGAAGGAAAGUCAAUUUGAGAAAUAAAAGACAAACACCUGAAACAGAACCUGAGAACUUAUCCGCAUUGUACGCAACGGUGAACAAAGGAAGAACUUCCCAAGCAGAUUAUACCAAUGAAGAUACCGACAAUCUUCACUCUGUCACUAUCAUAGAAAACACCAAUUACCAGAGUUCACCACCGCAGAGCUCUGUGAAGGAAAACAUGCCUAUUUUAACGGAGGACAAUCUUGAAAUUGAUAACGAAGAUUUUUGUGCACGGGAAUUCACAAACAUGAUUGAGAAAGAUGGGGGUGUUUAUUACAACAACGCAAGAGAAAUCAGCAAAUUCGAACUGACUGUGGCCGAUUUACCUAAAUAUGUACAAAACAAAUCGAUAAAGGAUCUCGAAGAAGAGUUUCAGAAAGUACCACACGGUCUUGUGAAACCUUAUGAAGUUUCACAAACGAAGCUAAACAUGAACAGAAACAGAUACAAUGGAAUAUAUCCUUAUGAUGAUUCGCGUGUGAUAGUACGUGGAGGAGAUACAGACUAUAUCAAUGCAAGUUACAUAGACGGUUUCAGGAAACGAAAUGCAUACAUAGCUGCUUUAGGUCCAAUGGCUAAGCAGCUGGGCGAUUUCGGCCAAUUCUGGCGAAUGGUCUGGCAACAGAAAGUGGAGAAGAUUGUCAUGGUGACACAUUUCGUAGAGGGUGAGGUAAGGCGGUUUUCAAUUGACAAGUGUAUGACCUUCUAUGAGUGUUGUUGCUUCGUGAUGAAUGGACAACAAGUGAAAAUGAUACAUAUAUAGUUAUAACUACAACGAGGAUUAAAGCAACAACAGUAUAAUUUGACAUAUGGUAUUUUAUUAUGAAUACCAUCAACAUUAUUGAGUAGGAAUAUCAUGUUCUAUUGGGAUUGAGAAUAUUGAAAAAGAGGGGAAUGAUUUUGAAAAAUCAUAUACUUUCACUUUUACCUCUCUGGCAUUAGAGUGUCGUUGACAUAACGUAUAAUUAUAAUUCUGAAGUGCAACGUUAUGUCAAUAUAGUUAAUAAUCAGUUAAUGUUUUUUUCUUUGCAGAAAACCAAA